GUCAACCGUCGGUGACGUCACGGACGGUUUUCCUGGUGCGCUGUUGUAACAAACACUUCUUGAGCAUGACGGGGAGGCUAUAGCUAAUGGCUCGUGUAGCAUUGACUAUUAGCUUAAAAACUAGACUACAUAUAAUUUUGCUUUCUUUUCUUUAGAGUUUCGCAGUGUUUCUGAAGGGUUAAAAUGUGAUAGUAAUUCUCGUGUAGGCGUUUUAUUCUACACUGCAGUCUUGCCAGUCAUUUGGGGCUUUUGACUGAAUAACCUUCACUACAUAAGUUUUAGCCUAACGCUGGAAAAAAGCUGACCCUAUUUAAAGUUCCAGAUGGACAAAAACACGCGUAAAGUUCGGAACCAGGACAUCAACCCGUGCAUCGAGGAAAGCGACAACUCCCAGAAGUGUAUGGAUGCCUACAACUAUGACAAGAGCAUGUGUUCCGCCUAUUUCCAGAGAUACAAGAACUGUAGGAAAUAUUGGCACAACAUCAUGGUGCAGAGGCGGAGGGACGGCGUGAGGCCGGACAUGCCCACCGCAGCCGAGAGGCUGGAGAUGAUCAACGCCAUCGGAGGGAAACCCUACUAAAGGGACCCGCUGAAAACCAGGAAACCGGAAAAGGAGCCCCGGCAGUAGGACUUCACUGGAGCAGCUCUUCCCCACAGAAGACCCGUUCUGGAUCUGACCGCUUUCCUGUGGAAAAGCAGCUGUUAGCAACACAGUAUUUAUAGAGAGAUAUUUAAUUGCUGUAAAGGUUUUCUUAUUUUUGCCAUGAGAUCUGCCUGUGUUGAUUUAUAAUCGUGUUUAUUCACUCAGAAUGUGAACGGUGCUCAUAUCUCAUGAAAUCAUGAUGUCAGAGACCCACUGCCUGUCUGCAGGAGGCCGUGGGCCCUCCGGAAAAGGGACUGUCUGAAAUUCAAAGAGAUCUGGACACUCACUCUGCUUGUUACAUGUCCAGCUCCACACACUGUUCAUGUGUCACCAACAUGUCCUUAUCCAAUUAAAUAUUUUA